AUGGCUCAACCACAAGAAGAUUCCUUCACCAGAUUCAAGCAGCUGCCAGUUGAGAUCAGAGACAUCAUCUGGAGUGGAGCUUGGGCCAAUCGCAAGCCCGAGAUCUGCACUCACCUCAACGCCAGAAGCCCGACCAACGACCUUCCCGGCUUUCCUCCCACGCAGCUGACUGUCGACAUCGAUCUUGCACUCAUGCAUGCAUGCAAAGAGUCACGAGCUUUCCUGACCUCCACGGCCGGAGGCGUCCGUUUUCGCUACUCUCUCGCCUCAAAGCACAACGUGCCCUGCCGAGCGUUCGACCCUGCGCUGGACACGCUCUACCUCGGUUGGCACAACUGGGACGAGGCAAUGUGGAAGAAUGAAUAUCUGGGAUGGCAUAGUCGGAAUGACCCCAAUACGCUGCCAACUCUUCCCGACAACGAAUUCACCGAGACCUGGCAACAAGUCCAAAACAUUACACUGCAGCCUGGCUUAUUUGUUCCGGGCAUGCGUUUUGCACCCCGGUUCACAUGGAUCUGUAAUGGUCUCUUGGAAACCUUUCCAAAAUUGGAAAGGAUUUCAGUUGUGGUGAACCCAUUCGUGCCUCUGGAGAGCUCUGUCAUGGGCGAAAUUUGUGUGGGCGUUCCAAACCGUCGUUGCAGACUUGUUGAAGUGUCUGGCGACACAACUUUCCCUGGAAAGCAGCCCUAUCAACACUGGGCUGAUGAUAUGCGCGAGGUACUGAAGGAUACCCGCGAGCCCGACCAUACAAUACCGCUCCAAAUCCAGAAUUUUGAGGUCUACGUCGGACGACGAGGCCGCAUGCAGUGGAAGAAGCACCCCUUGAACAGCAUGGUGCCACACCGGUAG